AGGUGGCACUAAGAUCCUCUUAAUCUGGCUGAAUCAGCAGUGAAGCAUCUUCACACUGAACUCUUCACUCUUGUCUUUUUAUUGAACUUUAGUUUUAUUUCUUUUUCUCCUCAUUGUGUUUGUACGUGUGUGUGUGUGUGUGUGUGUGUGUGCGGACAGCUGGACACCAGAGCUGCUGCUGUGCAGGGGAUAAGAUCCUGUAUACGGAUUGUUUCUCUCUCUCUCUCCAUCAUCCUGCUCCAGCUUUCUGCAGGCCCUGUUCGUGACACUCUGGCAUUUCUUUCUGUAAUAAUCAUAACAUAAUAACAGCAUGGGGAUUGAGAGUCAAGCCCCGGCUCAGCCUGCAGUCAGCCUGACGCCCAGACAGGUGAAAACCUUCCAGAAGGUGGAACCCAAAGCUUUAGGGUCGAUCCAGAUCAUCAUCGCUAUUUUGUGUCUGUGUCUGAGCAUCACCGUGCUUCAGAUCUACUAUGAAGUUCACUUCACCCCUGACCUCAUUGUAGUGGUCGUGAUCGUCAUUCAGAUUCUUGCCUCCGGUUCCAUCCUGAUCCAUGCUGGGAGGUUCCCUUCUCUUUUCUGGGUAAAAGCGACACUGGCUAUCCACCUUGUAAGUGCUGCGUUCACGACGGCCGCUCUGGGGCUCCUGUCUCGCCACCUUCCCUACAGACAGGACUCGUAUCACUGUGAGCACUGCAGGAGACUGGAGAUCUACGCUGUGCAACAAUAUUGUUUCAAGAAAUGCGCUGAUACAGUCGAAAGAACCUGUAAACUCCUGAUUGACGGCUUGUUGGCUACACUGGUGCUGUUCCUGGUGGUGGAGCUGAUCGUCUGCAUCGUCACCAUUCUGUUUGGACUCAGCGUUCUGGCCAAAGGAGGCCUGCAUCUGCCCGGCGUGGUCCAGCGUACCGAAGGUCCUCUAGCUCGUCCUGCUCCUCCUCAACAAGCGAGUGCACCUCCUCAGCAGGUGGAGGAGGUGGUGGAGGAGGUGUUGGUAGCCGUGGCUGCACGUGAAGAUUAUCCUCAGUCUGUAGACGAAGCUUCUACUCCUCCCACUGAACCACAGGUCGAGCCCAUUGAUUCUAUAGCGGAGGUCUGAGGCUAGCAGGACGUCGUGAUCGUUUUGGUUUAGCGGCUAGUCAGUUUCUGCUCUCAGAACAUAUUUCAAUAACUAAAACUCCUGUGUGUUUUUCCACCAAUUAUACCGGAGCGCGAGGCCAAAAAUGAAAUGUAAACCAUUUACACUAGCCCCAUAGCUCCUGAUUGUCAGGAUGUGAUGUGAAUAAUGUGAAUAAUGAUAUUAGAGCCAUUUUACCCUGAGGCAGUUCAGACUUUUCGAAUAUAUUAAAUAAAGUUUAUACCACAACGCUGCCGGAUUCUCAAUGCUGAUUGGUCAGAAGGUGCUGAUUCUUUUUUUAAUUUUUUUUAAAUUAAUUUAUUUUUCCCCCUGUAGCUGCAGCUCAGACACUAGCCCCUGCUGCGAAUUCAUAUCCGUUCGGUUCGUAUCUGCCGAUACGUUAUGGUUUCUAUAGUAACAGCUAUUUAUGGAAGGAGUCUAGCGGUAACGUUACGUUUUACUGAUUAAUGCGACGGACUGCUGUUUGUAGCUGAUAACGGGAAUCGACUCUGGAGUCGAUUCUUGUUUCACGGACAUUCCACUUAACUAAAAAUGGAUAAAAAUAAUCCCUUUAAUUUAAGUAAUAUUGCCGAGGUAUAAGACGAAUAAAACAUUUCUCUCAUGCUGUUAUUGGAAAAUAUUACAAUUUAAGUUGUUCUGCUGUCGGUGGUCAUUUUCCUGGUCCUGCUUUAUUCCUCACUCAUGAGACAUUUCACAAUGAGUUUCAGGACAAUCUGAUCAUUAAAGUCCUUAUAUUUCAGUACAUGCUGUAUGACAUACAGCACAAUAUGCUUUUUGUCAUUUUUCUCACUUGCACUAUAGAGUGGAUGAACGUGAUUAGCUGGGAUUAGUCUGUGUAACACGGUGAAACCGUAUCACGUUACACAUCCACUUCGGACCUUGUGUUUCUUCCUGGAGAGGAUUCCUCUGUAUACAAGUGCAGUGCACUACAUCAUGAUGUCCUCAUUUCAUCCUUCACUAAACACGAGCUUGAUGAA